UUCAUGUUGUUCAGAUUUCUAAUUUACAAUAAUCAAUUGCUUAUUGAAGUUCCUCUGAAAGAUGAUGAGUUUGUUAGAUUUUCAUUUAUGGGUUUAAGGUUUAGUGUAAAUUUUCGAAUUUGGGUAGAAAUGGACCUGCAUUGAAGAUCGAAUUAAGUUUGAUCCUUGAUAUUGGCGUUCGGAGAAAGGGGGAAAGGUUGGAUAACACCAAGUUUCAUCUCAUGGGGGCUGUUUUCUUUACUGCACAAUGUGGCUUACUCCAGCUGAUGAAAGUUGUAAAGACUAGAAUGCAAGUCGCUGGAUCUGAACUCUGUCAUGGAGUGACAGUAUGUAGGCAAAUGUUUACAAGUGAUGGUAUAACUGGAUUUUUUGGAGGAUUUGGUACUUCCGCUGUUGCGCCAUUGCCUGGUAGAGUCUUGGCUUUGACAUCUCUUGAAGUAUCAAAAGAUAUGAUGCUCAAGUACACUGAGGAUCUUCACAUGGAUGGAGCCACCUGUGUGGGAAUUGGAAAUGGGGUGGCAGGUGUUCUAGUUACAACAUUGAAUUCAAGAAUAGAAGAAAAAAAUCCCAAGACAAAAGUGGAAACAGGUUUACCCAGAGCUUAUUGAUUCAGUAAGUACUACAUUUUGAAGACAAUGAAAGAUAGCAAGUAGUUUUGAAUUUGAAGUCACUGUUAGUAAUGGAGGAGAUUAGAGAAAGGAAACAAACUGAAAGAGAAGAAUUCGAAGAGUCAGACAGGAAACCACAAGAAGAGGAGUUUUUAAGGAAAAUUCCACCAUGGAGGAGCCAACUCACAUUCAGAGGAUUAGUCGCAAGUUUCGUAAUUGGAAUAAUUUACAGUAUCAUAGUACAAAAGCUCAAUCUCACAACAGGACUUACUCCCACUCUAAAUGUUUCUGCUGCUCUUCUAUCAUUCAUUUUCAUCAAGGGGUGGACUAAAAUGGUCGGAAAACUUGGUUUCAAUUCUGCUCCUUUUACUAAGCAAGAGAAUACAGUAAUUCAAACUUGUGCUGUUGCUUGUUACAGUGUUUCUAUUGCAGGUGGAUUUGGGUCUUUUCUAUUGGGAUUGAAUAAGAAAACGUAUGAGCUAGCAGGGGUUGAUACUCCAGGAAACACUCCAGGGAGUCAUAAGGAACCAGGAAUUGGAUGGAUGACUGGUUUUCUUUUUGUUACAGGUUUCGUUGGUCUCUUUUCAUUGAUUCCUCUUAGAAAGAUCAUGAUAAUAGACUACAAGUUAGCUUAUCCGAGUGGCAUUGCAACUGCAGUUCUCAUUAACGGGUUCCAUACACCUAAAGCAGAUAAGAUGGCCAAGGAGCAAGUUCGAGGUUUCGCGAAAUUCUUCUCUUUUAGUUUCCUGUGGGGUUUCUUCCAAUGGUUCUACACUGGGGGAGACCAUUGUGGAUUCAUGCAGUUUCCUACUUUCGGGUUGCAAGCUUGGAAGCAGUCCUUUUUCUUCGAUUUCAGCAUGACUUAUAUUGGAGCAGGGAUGAUUUGUUCACAUCUUGUAAACUUGUCUACUCUAUUGGGAGCUGUUCUCUCAUGGGGAGUGAUGUGGCCAUUGAUACGUGGCCUAAAAGGAGAAUGGUAUCCGGCAACCAUAUCAGAAGGCAGUAUGAAGAGUUUGAAUGGUUACAAGGUUUUUAUCUCGAUUGCGCUCAUUCUUGGAGAUGGGCUUUACAAUUUUCUCAAAGUAAUGUAUCUUUCGAGUAGAAGUAUCAAAAGCACGAUUAAAGUCUCCAAUGAAGAUGGGUCAAUUCAAUCCAUUGAAGAUCUUCAGCGUAAUGAGCUCUUCGUAAGAGAGAGUAUUCCUGUAUGGAUUGCUUGUGUAGGAUACGUCAUCUUCUCCAUUGUUUCCAUCAUCGCGAUCCCAUUCAUGUUUCCUCAGCUAAAAUGGUAUUACGUGUUGGCUGCCUACAUCCUUGCUCCAUUUUUAGGAUUUUCUAAUGCAUAUGGUGCCGGUCUCACUGACAUGAACAUGGCAUAUAACUACGGGAAAGUGGGUCUAUUUGCGCUAGCAGCAAUAGGUGGGAAAGACAGCGGUAUAGUUGCCGGGAUGAUAGGUUGUGGUCUUGUGAAACAAAUUGUUUAUAUCUCCGCCGAUCUUAUGCACGAUUUUAAAGCUGGUCACCUCACACUUACUUCCCCUCGUUCCAUGGUUGUAAGCCAGGCCGUUGGAACAACAAUGGGUUGUGUUAUUGCUCCUCUGGCAUUCUUUCUUUUCUAUAAAGCCUUUGACAUUGGCAACCCUGACGGGGAAUAUAAAGCUCCAUAUGCUUUAAUAUAUCGUAAUAUGGCAAUUCUCGGGGUGGAAGGUUUCUCUGCAUUGCCAAACCAUUGUUUGCAGCUCUGUUACGGGUUCUUUGCAUUUGCCUUUCUAGCUAACUUGGUCAGAGAUCUUUCCCCAUCGAAGAUUGGGAAAUGGGUUCCCCUUCCUAUGGCUAUGGCAGUCCCGUUUCUUGUUGGUGCAAGUUUUGCGAUUGAUAUGUCUAUUGGGAGCCUUAUUGUGUUUGUGUGGCACAAACUUGACAGCAAGAAAGCUUCUUUAAUGAUUUACGCGGUUGCUUCUGGUUUGAUGUGCGGAGAAGGGCUAUGGAUUCUACCUGCAUCAAUUCUUGGUUUGGCUAAGAUAAAGCCUCCCAUAUGCAUGAAAUUCGUGUCCUCCGAAUGAGGACUAUGUAACAGUCUUUGUUGUCAUGUAUUUGUUAUUGUAAAGUGCAUCUGAGGUAGGUGCUGAAAUCUGUGGAAUGAUUAAUACCCAGUUUGAGCAUUGUUUUUUUGCAAAACAGGGUGCAGGUCAUUGUUCUGGUGACAGUGAAAUCAAUGUGGUUCAAGAAUGGUGUAGUUUAGAUUU